AGAGUCCCGGCUCAAGCACGCGAGGGCAUACCUCGAACCACUUCUUGAACCGAACUUCUACGUCAGAGAAGCGCGUGGGCAGUGUGUGUCUAGCGCUCGCCAACGGUUGCCCUAAUCAGUGCGUGCUUGGGAGAAGCUUCUCAAGCCUGACUGGACACCACGUCUUGCCGGCCCGAGACAUGGCGGCGGCAGCAGCAGCACCCACAGAGGGACCGCCAGUGGACAAGGGUUGGCUCGUCAGAGAUAGGUCGAAGAGUUUCGCAGUCGCGGGCGCCAAGGAGAAGAAGCAGAGGCCAGCAGCAGAAGACGACGUAGCGAUGGAGGAGGACGAAGACAUGAUGAGCCUCAUGCGGUCCCUCAUCUCAUUGUCCAGCUAGAGGCCAGAGUGCUCACGCUGGAGCACGAGUCGAUGAGCACAGCGACGUUGGACCGCAAACAUCACAUAGUAGAUUGCAGCAAGUCGUACCAGGAGUUUGUGAAACAGAGGAAGGAGGACCCCAAGGCGGACGUAGGCUCUCCAGCGUCGCAAGCAGCCUGCUCCAUUCUGCUCGUUUUGAAAGAUGGGCCCUUCAAGGACACCUCGGCGCGACGCUUGAAGGUGAGUUUCGGCAUCACCUGGCUGUCAGAGCUAAUCCAGCACACAGGGCCAGAUCAAGCAGCUCUGUGGAUCAAAGAGGCCGCAGUUUCCCGACGUGCGACAAGCCAGGGUAGCCAUAGACGAGCAGAUUUAUAUUCAAGCUCCUCGGUCAGGUACUGGUACCAGACGGCGAGGAAGACCGACAGGCCAUGCUGGCCGCCGUCCCAGACUCGAACCAUCCGCUCCACGUGCUGACGCCUCUCGAGUACCCGACGAUGAUGACGCAGACGAAGGGCUUCGUGAAUUCAGGUCGUGGCCUUGCUAGGGGAGAUCGUGAGGCAAGUAGGAGGCAAAACGACAGUGAGUAAGGCCCCGAGGGGCGACCUAGCGCGCAAUAUCAUGCUGCAGCGCAAGUAGAGAGCUGUUCUUUUGUUGUUCCCCAGCCUUCAUGGGCUGCCGUGUGUUUUGUUUGUUGCUCGGCCCAGGCGAGCCAUACGGCCUGAAAGGGCCCUGGCCAGCCUCCCGUGCAACGACCUCCCAGUAGGUCAUCUUCCGACCUCAUCGGGGUCGCACGGUGCUCGUUUACCGAGAUUUGCAAAGCAGAGGGUCGAUCGCAACUGGUCGAUUUCCCCCAGGUUCCCGAAUAUUCAAGCGUGUAGAUUGGAGGUUGGACGGAGUGGGAGAGA